AUGGAAGUCGAUAGAGAAUUCAAGAUAGUCACACUUGGAGAGGGUCGAGUUGGGAAAACAUCCCUUGCAAUGCGCUAUGUCAGAGGUCAGUUCAACGAAAAAGAACAAUCCACAACAAAUGCGAAUUUUCUUGAAAAAAAUAUCCGGAUAAAUGAAACAUCGAUUAAACUCAACAUCUGAGACACAGCAGGCCAAGAGCGCUUUCGUGCACUUGCCCCAAAUUAUUAUCGUGAAGCUAAAGGUGCGCUUCUCGUUUAUGACAUAACUGACAAAGAGUCCUUUUGAAAAGUAGUGUCUUGGGUUGAAGAAUUAAAAAUGCAAGCCGAUAAAGAUAUAUCUUUCGUAAUAGCAGGAAAUAAAUGCGAUUUAGAGCUAGACAGACAAAUUCCUAAAGAACAAGCUAUUGCAUAUGCAAAACAAAUUGGAGCCGCUCAUUAUAGCACUAGUGCUAAGAGCGGAAUGGGUGUAAAUGAGUGUUUUGAGGAAAUUGCCAAACUAAUAUUGGAUAAAGAGUCAAGAAGUGGCAGCCCAAUAAGGUCCUCAAAGGCAAGGUCAAGAGUGAUUGUUAAAAACCAAGAAGAAGUUGUCAAGAAGAAAAAAAGUGGUGGAUGCUGCUAA